AAAGUCGAGUACCUUGCGCUGUUAAUCAAGUUCCCCCUUCACGUCAACCACUGGCUUUUCCGUACUAACGGUCUCGAUGUCGCUCGUUCUUUUUCAAAAUCCAAUUCCGAUUUUGAGCAGGGGCCUUGAAAAUUUUGAGUUCCGCCACAGACAUUCCCCUUCUUGAACAAAGGCUUCUUCGGCUUUAACACCCACCCGUUUUCCUCUCCUUCCUUACCCUCAUACCACGACUGCCUCUAUGCCUGAUGGUAGGUCUCACCAAUGCUGCGAGUGCAAUGGAGUCAUGAGCAGAAAACAUGAUAUUAAACGUCAUAGACUGGCGAAACACGCCUCAGAGACGGAAAGGAGGUCGAAGUCUUACUAUUGCCGAUGCGGGGUCAGCGCUAUACAAAGGUCAAACGUCGAGGGCCAUAUUCGUAGCGCCCAUACCGGAAAACUGCUCUACUGUGGAACUUGUGGGUUCGGAGCUCCCAGCGACGCGACCCUGACGCGACAUCGACGCGAAACUAGGCACAAGCUCAAUCCUCGCAGCAGGAAACCGAAGAAGAAGAAAUCCUCCCCCAACUCUGCUUCUUCCUCCUCCCCCACCCCAGAGAUUCACACUACCGCCGAUUUCAUCGCCUUCUAUGGAGAUGUGCCAUUGACCUACACGCAAUACACUUUGUAUCAGUCCUUGGUGCACCGUACCGAGAAACAAGCCCCUCCCUCGCCUCCAAGCACUCCGGCCACGUUUAUACCUGCCGCUGAUCUAGCCACACCUACCUCUGCGAUGUCUACGCCUGCGACGCCGAUCCUAGCACCGAGGCUUCUGCCUGCACCCAUCCCAGAAGUACCUGUGCCAGCUGUGGAUCGAGCAGCGUCACACUCUCCCCCUCCGGAAUGCUUCCUCGUCAUCCCCGAGGAAUACCGCCUCCCUCCCAUCAACGUACAUCGCCGUGAUCACCGCUCGACCGCCCCCCUCACAGCCCCCGUAAUGCAUCCAAGACUCUCCUCCUCAUACUAUCAUCGUUAUGGGCCGUACUGAUGAAAAAAAAUGUUUUCUUGCCGGGUAUUCCCUUUCCUUUUUGAUUUGCUUUCCUGUCGUUAUCGUUCUCA